AUGCCGCCAAAGGGGAAAGCAACGGUGUCGAUGGCACAGAAGAAGGCCAAUGUUUUACGGUUUUUCCAGGACGAACACUCGGUUUAUAACAUCAAAGAGCUAGAAAAACUCAUUCCCAAGAAAUGCAACGGCGUGUCGCCCAUGUUGGUGAAAGGUUUGAUCCAGGAAAUGAUCGACGAGGAUGGGAUCAUAUCGGUAGAAAAGUGUGGGAGCACGAACGUGUACUGGUGCUUCAAAAACCAAAUAAUCAUGAAAACCCAGCAAGAAAUGACAUCGUUGAAAACACGGAUUGAAACUGCCGAGAAAGAGGCGUUAGAGGCCAAGAGAACCCUGGAGCAAAAUGAGAAAUCUAUCAGAAAGGAAUUCUACGACUUGGACGGGGAAACCGUUUCUCGAGCAGAACAGCUGGAGAAAUUGGAAGCUCUCAAUGCACAAGCUAAAUCGCUUAGAGCCACCUGCGACAACAUGAUGGAAACUACAUGGGACCAGUCACAGAUGAAAUCGAGAAUGAAGGCACUCGCGCCUCAGCUUCAAAAGCUGGAAAUGGUGACUGACAACAUAGAAUUGGUGACGGGUUUUCUUUGCAGGCGUUUCAUCGUAAAUCCAAGCGAUUUGAAGGCAGAACUGGGAAUACCGGAGGAAUUUUUGGAGUUUCCGGGCCUCCCCGACGUUGUUUGA